CGUCGGCUAAAGCUAGCAUUAGCCCGAGCGAGUGAACGGUGGUAGCAGGUGAUUUACUACCAGCAUCGGUUGGCAAUUCGAUACAGGUGAGCUGCUGCCAUGACGACUCUGGACGAUAAGAUCCUUGGAGAGAAGCUGCAGUACUACUACAGCAGCAGUGAGGAUGAGGGCAGUGACAACGAGGAAGAGGAAGGGUCGAAGAAGACCAUCAGGGACGCUAACGUGGCUGAGCCAGAGAUCGACUACAGCGCUGAUGGAAGUGCUGUUAACACAGGACCGAAGGGCGUGAUCAAUGACUGGAGGAAAUACAAGCAGCUGGAGGUGGAGCAGAAACAAGAGCAGAAGAAGGAGAUGGAGAGACUGAUCAAGAAACUGUCGCUGACCUGCCGCUCUGACCUUGACAUGGAAAAGGACAGCGACAAACAGAAAGAGCUGCAGGAAAAAAUUAAAGGCAAAAUGACAAUGCAGGAGUACAAUAUGCUCCAGGAAGGUGAAGAUGAUGAAGAUUUCCUCCAGCAUUACCGUAUGCAGCGCAUUGAAGAGAUGCGGCGCCAGCUCUGCCGUGGUAAACGCUUCGAGCAGGUCCAGGAGCUCGUCUGCGGCGAGGACUUCCUGGAAGCUUUAGACGAAGAGGAUAAAAGCACGCUGGUCAUGAUCCACAUCUACGAGCCGGAGGUCCCGGGCUGUGAGGCCAUGAGGGGCAGCCUGAUGUGUCUGGCUCAGGAAUACCCACUGGUGAAGUUCUGCAGCGUCCGCAGCUCGGCCAUCAGCACCAGCGCACUGUUCAGAGACAGCGCUCUGCCCGCUCUGCUUGUAUACAAAGGAGGAGACCUGAUCGGCAACUUUGUGCGGCUCACAGACCAGCUCGGGGAAGAUUUCUUUGCUGUGGACGUGGAGGCCCUGUUGCAGGAGUACGGCCUGCUGCCUGACAAGCCCCAGGUGGUCGCCAAGACGGUUCGCAAUGGAGCCAUCAUACAGACCAUUGGGAGUGAUGAGGACUCUGACCUUGAUAUAGACUAGAGCCACGCUAUCUUAAAUAUGUUGUAUGCUUGGGAAUAGUGUACCUGCAGUCUGCAUGGACAAUACGUCAUUCAUACAUAUUUAUGCAAACCCCAUGUGAUAAGGGACUGAGCCAGAUUUGUCAUUUACUCUUCACACAGCAACAUCCUAGAAACACUGAAGCAGAGUGAAGAGUAAAUGCACAGAAAUCAUGGUCGUGUGGGCGUUAAUCAUUCCAUGGUAAAUAUGAUAUCUAUUUAAUGAUAGUAACAAUAGCCAUUAUUAUUAUCAAGGACCUGUUGUUAAGCACGGUGUGAAUGCUGCAUAUGUAGGUUAAAUAUUUUGUUUGAGCUCUGACUGUCAACUAUUUAUUUGUUGUGUUAAGGAACCUGUGUGUAGGAUCUAGUGGCCUCUAGUGGAGGGGUUCCAGAUUGCAACCACCUGAGUACACCUCUAAUCCCCCCUUCAAAACGCUUGAGCCAGUGUUUGACUUGUCCUCUCUGGGCUACUGUAGAAUGUGGUGGUACAACACAAGAGGACUCUCUCUUUAUGUGGACAUAUUCUUAGUUUCAAGUGAUCUUGCACAAGAAAAAACCUUAUAAUUUAUUCUUAGAUCCCCCUAAAUUCUUUCACACUGGUCCUUUAAAACACACUUCCCUGUUUUUGAUCCAUGUGCAUCCACUUUGUAUCAUCUGUGUCACUCUGUCGAAUAUGAAACAUUCAACAAUCCUCUGACUUUAAGUUCAUUUUAUAACUUUUAUAUGUGCUGUAACAUUUCAAAUACUAAGAAUAAUAAAGUGUAAAGUCUUUGGACUCAGUGACUGUUGCAUCUUCAUUAUCAGAGUUGUGAAAUAAUGCUUGAAUAA